GGCGCGAGCGGCCGGGCCGGCUGGGCAGGGAGUGCGGGUCGGUUCUGUGCGCGCUGCCGGACGAGGCUCCCGCCGCCGAUUGACCCGCGCUCCGCCCCGUAGCCGGGCCGAUUCCACAUGUAAAUGAUACCAUAUGACAUCUGUAAGGGGAUCCUGGGAGCUAAUGUCAGAAGAAAGUGACUCGCUGAGAACCAGCCCUUCCGUGGCCUCGCUUUCGGAAAAUGAGCUGCUGCCUCCUUCCGCCCCCGCCGGCUACGUGUGCUCGCUGACCGAGGACCUGGUGGCCAAAGCCAGGGAGGAGCUGCAGGAGAAGCCGGAAUGGAGGCUCCGCGACGUGCAGGCCCUGCGGGACAUGGUGCGCAAGGAGUGCCCCAACCUGAGCACCUCGCUGGAGGACGCCUUCCUGCUGCGCUUCCUCCGCGCCCGCAAGUUUGACUACGACCGGGCCCUCCAGCUGCUCAUCAACUACCACAGCUGCCGGAGAAGCUGGCCCGAAGUCUUCAACAACCUGCGGCCUUCCGCCUUGAAGGAGGUCCUGGCCUCCGGCUUCCUUACCGUGCUGCCGCACACCGACCCCAGGGGCUGCCACGUCCUCUGCCUCCGCCCAGACAGGUGGAUCCCGAGCAACUAUCCAAUUACGGAAAACAUCCGAGCCAUAUACUUGACACUAGAGAAACUCAUUCAGUCUGAAGAAACCCAGGUGAAUGGAAUUGUAAUUCUUGCAGACUACAAAGGAGUGAGCUUAUCAAAGGCAUCUCAUUUUGGCCCUUUUAUAGCCAAAAAGGUGAUUGGCAUCCUUCAGGAUGGUUUCCCCAUUCGGAUCAAAGCAGUCCAUGUAGUGAAUGAACCUCGAAUAUUUAAAGGUAUUUUUGCCAUCAUAAAACCAUUUCUGAAGGAGAAGAUAGCAAACAGAUUUUUCCUUCACGGGUCUGACCUGAACUCUCUCCACACAAACCUUCCAAGAAACAUCCUACCCAGGGAAUACGGGGGCACGGCUGGAGAGCUGGACAUCACCGCCUGGAAUGAGGUGCUGCUAGCCUCGGAGGAGGACUUCGUAAAGGAGUUCUGCCAGCCGGGCCCUCCCUGUGACAGCAUCCUGGGCCAGGCCCUGCCACCCAAGGGGCUGAGCUCAGAGGUGCCCUGUGAUGACUCCAUGCGGGCCAUGAAAUCGCAGCUGUACUCCUGCUACUAGGCAGUCCCCCGCGAAUGUCACCAUCUUUAUAACCUUUCCUUCUUUCUUCGGAGAGGCCCAAGGAGGAUUCGAGGUGCCAGGGAUUGUCUUGCUCCUUGGAACGGACUGCAGCAUGGAGGAAAAUCCUGGACAGCUCUGAGCCACAGGGUGAGGCUUGGGUGGCUUGAAUGACUGUGGAAGACAUGGAGAAAGUCCCCCAGCAAUUCCGAAAUAUUUGGAAUCCCAGUGUGCAGCCAUGAAUGUGGAAGCCGUAUCUGGUUCUUACAGAGCUCAAAGCAAGAAAAAUGAGGACCAACGUCACUCUGAUCCCACAUUCCAGGAGAAAACCCCGAUUGGCCAGGCAUUGCAUUCCUGUGAGACGGUUUGGCCGAGCCUGCCAGGGGGCCACAUGUGAGAUGAUGAGAUUGUCUUGAAAGAGACUACAGACCUCUCUCAUCUUGAAAGUCAGAGGUCCAUCAUUGGGUCUGGAAAGCACCUUCACUGAAUCAUGCAAGAGGACAGAAGCAGCACCUCCUGAUCAAACUCGGGAACCAUGGACCUUAUGUAUCUCUGGGAUUCAUGGGUUGAAUCUUGCAAUAGAACCUUAAAGUUUUUCCGAACCCAUAAAGCCUUAGUCCUGGUUCUCAAAAGAAUCAUACAUGAUCCUAGACGCACGUGAUUUUACUCAACCAAGAAGCCUGGACGUUAGUCCUGUGUAGCUAAAAGAAUUCUGGCCUAAGAAUUAUGAGACAUGGGCCCCAGCCUUAGAUGUGUUUCUGUGGACAGGACACACGAGCCUCUGUGGGCCUCCAGCCUUCUCAUCUGUAAAAUCAGGCUGAAUGAAGUGAUGAUGAGGGCCCUUUUGUCCACUAACGGGGCUCUGCGAUUUGGUUAUUUAUUGAAUGUUAGACAUUGGUUUUCUGCCUAGAAAGAGCACUCUCUAGAUACCAGUGGUUGGAUUCUGUAUUUUUGUGGUAUGCAUGGGCCUUCCCAAGAGGGAUGUGUCAUUGUUUCGGCUCUGUCUUUAUAGAAACGAGUGGAUCAGCAAUACCCAUUUUCAUUUCACAGGGAGGGUAGUGAAGGCAGAUGCGAUGCCCAUGAUCUUGGAUGAAUUCCUUCCAUCUCUGAGACUCUGGCUUAUAUUUUAAACUUGGCGAUGGUAAAGGGUUAAAUUAAUUGGCAUUCUUAAAAUUUGGCCUCUGGAAAUAAGGGCAAGUUAUUCUGGGACACCCGCACCCCAACCCACUGGAGUUUCUAUCUCUCAUGUCCAGCCAGACUGAAUGUUAGUUCUGCAUUUUAGCACUUUAGACCCUUCCUGUCAAGAACUCAGCCUUAGCCCAAGCAUCAAAUUAGGUGGUUCAUCUGAUGGCUUUUGACCUAUUUCCUUUCAUUCAUUCCAUGCACAUUGUGGUGUUAAAAAGUGACAAGUACCAUGCAUUGUGUGUGUUAGCUUCUCUGUGCACUUGUUAGAGCAGCAGCAGGCAAACUGAGGGACUCAGUUAGGACUAGAACAGCCCUCUGACACGUAAAGGCCAAUCAGUUGUUCAUUAGCUAUUUCUCUCUCUCUAGCACUUUUUAAAAUGUCUGGAGAAGUUGUUGGUGGAAAUGACUUACCUCAUUCGUGCCAAUUCUAGGAGGAACUGUUUUCACCAUAGAUACUAACCUCGGAUGCUCUAAGGACCUGGCUGGGUGGGCGGUGUUACAGUACACACCCCUGGCUGCCUCUAGUCCCAUCUAGACGACGCCAUGACAAUGAUGGCGUGACCACCAUCGCUGAAAAGGCCUAAAUGGGACAAGUGGGAUGGCUAUCUAGUAAUGAGUUCAGAACCCAGCCGCCUGGGCGAAUUGGUCACAGGUUUUCUUAGGUC